AUGGAGCCGCGGUGGCAGUACCAGUUCCGGGUGAUCAUGCUGGGGGACUCCACGGUGGGCAAAUCCUCCCUGCUCCGGCGCUACACCGAGGGCACCUUCCUGGAUGCCGUCAACCAGACGGUGGGGGUGGAUUUCUACGUCCAGUUCGUGGAGCUGGAGCCGGGGCUGAAGGUGAAGCUGCAGUUCUGGGACACGGCCGGGCAGGAGAGGUUCAGGUCCGUGACUCGCUCCUACUACCGCAACUCAGCCGGGGGGAUGCUGCUCUUCGACCUCACCAACCGCGCGUCCUUCGAGAGCGCGCGGCGCUGGCACCGCGAGGUGACCGAGGCGGUGCAGCCCUUCGGCAUCGUCUUCCUGCUGGUGGGGCACAAGAGCGACCUGGCCGGGCAGCGCCGCGUGGGCCGCAGGGAGGCCGAGAGGAUGGCGGCCUCGCUGGGCGCGCAGUACGUGGAGACCUCGGCCAAGGACGCCUCCAACGUGGCCCUGGCGUUCCGGAUGCUGACCGUGGCCAUCUACCAGGCGCUGCAGACGGGCAGGCUGGCGGCCAGCGAGGCGUGGGACGGCGUGAAGAGCAGCGUGCCCCUGCCCGCGCCGCCCGCAGCUCGGCUGCCGGACAAGGAGGAGAAGAGGAAGAGGUGCUCGUGCUAG